AUGGCCAUGCCAGUCGCAGGCACCUGGACUCUGACGCUCCUGGCCGCUGUCGCACAGGCGCAGCAACAGUGCUACUUUGGCGCUGGUGCAGAGAACCGUGGCCCUGAGAAUCUCGUCCCGUGCAUGGCGACGGGGGCGAGUGCGUGCUGCUUGAGAGGGGAUACGUGUCUCUCGGGCAAUGCUUGCUUCAAUUAUCCUUCUGGCAAUGUGUAUCAGUAUGGGUGUACGGAUAUCACUUACAGCGAUGAGACUUGUCCGUUCAAGUGUGGGUUCAAUACGACGAGAUCACCAUGGACAGCACUUGAGUACUGCAACGACGUCCAAGGUGCGGCGGAUAACUGGAUCUGCCACGGCCCCGAAAGCUGUGGAUGUGAAUGGCCAUCCUCUGAAGGCAUGCUGAAGCUCGAUCCACGAGGAUGCAGAGCGAUGGGAAGCGACGCUUUUGUCGCGUUAUAUGCUCCAGAUCAAUUGGCACCUUAUAUAUCGUUGCCUUUGACUGCCAGUGGCAGCACUGGCUACUACAGUCCGACAGUCAGUGAUGGGAGCAGUACAUGGGUGGUGACGGCAGUGCCAGGCUAUACCCCGUCUCCCAUAACCCAGCUCACGACUUAUCGCGACCCGCCGACGACGCGACGCCGAGUUGCUCCAGGGGCCACGCCAGAUGCUUCGACGUACGCUAGUGCCUUCACCUGGACCGAAACCCGGCCGGGAUCGCUCUCAGCCACCACAGCAAUGCCAUCCCAAACCACACCUCGCACAACCUCCCCCUCCCUCGCAACAGACUCCCCAUCCUCACACACCCUCUCAACAAGCUCCAAAAUCGGCAUCGGCAUCGGCGCAGCCGGCGGCGUCUGCCUCAUCGCCUCCCUCCUCCUCGCCCUCUUUUACAUGCACAGACGGCACAAAAAGCACGCAGCCCAAACCUCCCAAUCGCCCGAACCGCAGCCCCACUGGCCUGAGAGUCCUUACAUGCAGCAAACAGCCCCGCAUCCCAACUACCCACCCUACCAGCCGCCGAUGGACCGAAACUGGCACCCGGGCCCGGGGGUGGUGUAUCAAGCGCCUGCCCCAGAAGCUGAGACGCCGGCAAGUGGGAAGGUCUCGAUGAGUCGGGGGCGGGAUCUGCCGGCUAGUGAAUUGGCGGGGGAGGAGAGGGGGAUGGCGCAUGAGAUGUAG